AUGAUCAGCUGUCAACCAGCACUUUUACUUAAAAGUGUUGUUGAUUCUGAUUAUGAUGAUAUAACAACAGUUAAUCUAAUCAUGGCAAUUGAAAAACUCUUCUUAAAUGAAGAAUUUGAAAAUAUUCCGAUGGAUUUUGUAGCAAUGCAGAUCCAUCAACUAUUCACAAUAAACUCAACAUCGAUUAAAUGUGUUACCUUAACACUUUGUAUGACUUUUGAGCAACUUGCUCCAGAAUCAAUCACCGAAAAAUACCAUUUCGAUUAUUUAAUAGCAAAUUUACUAAGUAAACCAGUACAAGAAUCAUCUAACAAUGUUGAUAAAGAAAAAAUAAUAGCUAUAUCCUAUACACAAUUACUUUUUCAAUAUAGAUAUAUAUGUCCGGAUUCAAUAGUUAGGGCUCUCGUUGCAACAUUUCAAUUAAAUAGAAACAGAUAUCAUGAAUAUUCUGCAUUUUUACUAUGUAAUAUUUUAUCAUAUGUUCCAGAUAUCGCAAGGAUUCCAGAAGUUUGCCAAAUAGUAUUUGAUUAUCUUUUAGAAUCAGGAAAAUUACAAGUUGCGCUAUUAAUUGCACACGCAAUUGAAAAGAGACAAAGAUUAAUUUCAGAUCCAAGUUUAUUAUACAGUUUAUUCUCAAGCAUUGCAGGAAACUCAGUUGUUCAAUCUCCAUCAGGCCUAAUCUCAUUACUCAGGACAUGGCCAGGCAUUAUUUUCCUCGGAUUACAAAGAGAAGGAUUAUCCUCCAUCUUAAUGUGCCUUUCCAACCAAACAGAGACAGUUGUAGAGAUCCUCAAGAACUUAUUAUGCCUAUCUGCACCAAAAGAUAGCGUAAUUAUCCCAUUUUGUCUGUUCAUAUUAGAAAGAUUAAUUCCUCUCAACAUUGUAAAGCUAUUAGACCGCGUAAAAUCCCAGAAUGUCUCUGCUGAGAAGCUUCUCACUGAUUUAGUCCCUAUGAUCGGUGUACAUCUCGAAGAUAAUUUCACAGUUCAGAAACUACACCAAAGAUUGAAGCCACCGCCCGCUUAUGUGUCUUCACAACCUCCGCAGCAUCCAAUAAUGAAUGUUUCUGAGCUCCAACUGACCCAAGAACCGAGUUUAUGGGACUGGCCAAGCAUCCAACUUAUUCUGACCAUUGUUUUGCCUCAUAGUGAAAUCGACGCCAACAGUGCACCCGCCAGGAACUUCUAUUCCAAGUUGUUCGAUUUCUUUUCCGGUCCUUUCUUGACUGUUUCAACAACAAAGAACGGACCACUCAGCCAGUCACUUUUGUGUCUUAUUCAACUUUUGAUGAUGUGGCAAUGGGGAUACCAAAUCAUCGAACAAAACACGUCAUUCAAGAAAGCCGUUUCCACAGUGAUUGACGAGAUCUGCGGAGAAACACCAAUAGAUCCUUCCAGUCCGAUGUGGAUUGUCUUCAAAGCAAUUGCCGCUUUGAUGUGUCACAUUGGAGGAGUUGCAGUUUUAUCAAAAUGGGGAAUUUUGCCACUUUUGCAAAAACUCGGCUCAACAUGUCGAAAUAUUUCGAAUGCUGAGACUAUUUUAUGUCAUAUCUCUUUGUAUCCUGAUCCUGAAUUGAGUGUUGCUGUGUUUGCGAAGUUUUUGAGUUUGACAAAAGAUGACAAAAUGCAUAAAGCAGCUCUAGAUGAAUUAAGAGCGAAACAAAACUCUCCAGGAAACUUUUGUCAAAAUGUUUUUAAUGGUAUAAUCAUGCCGCAUUGUAAAGAAGCUUUUGCAGCAAAUCCAUGUUCAUUGAAACUCAACAGAUGUCUUGCUUUGUUUUGCGAAGUCAUUGAGAGCCAAGAAGAUUGUUUAAAGGCUGCAAGUGUUGACCAACAAAUGCAUCAAGUUUUGAAGAAGGCAAAUAGAAGAAUAUAUUCAAUGUUACUCAGUCAAAAAGAUUCUUUGUCUUUCGUGAAUUUGGAAGAAGAAAUAGAUUGGUGGAUUGAAAAAGGAAACAAAGAAUACGUUGAAAUUUACGAUGAAGCAAUCAGUUGUUCUUUUAAUGAUACCGUUGAUGAAAGCAUUUCUAAAUAUCCUGAAAUAAGAAGAGCAUCGAAUAAACACGCAAGAAUUCCUUGCCAUUUAUUCUCUGAGCUCAGUAAGAACGCGAAAGCAAGAGAUUUAUUGAUUUCUAAGCUCCAAAAAGUCAUCGAGAAAACAAAAGAUGAUUCAAUAAAAGAAAGAAGAGGAGCUGUAAUUGCAUUGAGUCAAUUCGCAAGUGUAAAAGAAACAUCACAUAUUAGUGAUGAAAUGAAAAUUGUUGAACAUGUAAUCAACGCUUCAAACAGAAAAUCAUAUAAUUUGCUUGGAACAAUAAUCAGUUGUUUGUCAAUGUUUUAUGUUACCUCUUAUUUUAUGGAUACGAUUACUAAAUACGGAUUUAAACUUGUUAGAUCUGGAGAUAGAAGUGCAACUCUUCCAACGAAUAUCCUUGAAAUGAUUGAUGACAUUGAAGUGCAAAGAGAUACUUUUUAUCCAAAUAUUGAUGUUCCUGAACCUUUUAAAGAAACUUAUAACUUAGUUAUGCAGUUGCCAAAUCAAUUAUUAACGAAAGAAGCAAGAUCUGCUUUGAAUACAAUGAUUAAAUCAGGAAAUUCGCCUUUCUUGGAUCCUGGAUUCGCUUUUAUCUUGAAUAAAGCACUUUCUCAGGCAACUUUCGCUGCAGACAUCAGAUCAAAUAUCUACCAAAUUCUUGAUUCAACACCUUUGAUGAGAGUUAGUAAUGAAAAUGUUGAUAAAAAUGAUAUCAAAGUUGCUAAUAUUUUGGUUGAAAAAGCUUCAGUGAUGCAGAAACCAGAUUUCUCAUCAAUCGAAAUAACAGAAGAAGAAAUGUCUGCUUAUGGAUCAAGUAGCUUCGCAAGUUACGAAUAUGGAUCUUUAUUGUAA